AUGGUUUCUGAGGCACCUAAAACUCACUUUAUCAAUGACGAUUCGAACUGUGCAGAGAAAAUUGCAAUCUCAAAAGAAGAGUGGAUCAAUGAAGUCUUAAAAAAACCUAAGGAUGUAUUUAAAAGCAGACAGAUUUACUAUUCUUCGAUAAAUGACGGUAAAAUAACUGCCAAGCUCAGUAAGCCUAGGCCAUUGAAUACUGAUACUGCAGUAUUCCACAAAGCAAAUUCAAUUAAAUGGCCUCUAAAUUUUGAGAUUAUACGUGAACGUGUAGUUCACAUAAAUCAACCACCGCCUGGAAGAGAACGAUUAUACCAACCGACUGGUAAAGAAUAUCAACCAGCAGUGUCAAGUGAUGAUACCAACAGUACAGUUGUCUUUCAAUAUGAACCGAUGGUUGGAAAAUUUUUUACAACAUCUAAAAUCAAUGGGAACUCUGGGCAACCAAUACAUCCUUCAAUUGAUUCAAAAUUCUUAAAGUUUGAAUCACGUUUCGAAUGUGGUAAUUUAUCAAAAGCAAUAUGCACUGGUCCCUGUGAAUAUGAACUACAUCUGAGGCCAGAUUUAUAUACAAAAAAGUAUACACAAUGGUUUUACUUCAGUGUACAAAAUGCACAGAAUACUGAUAGUUACAGAUUUACAAUUGUAAAUUUCUAUAAGUCUACUAGUUUAUUUGGUCAAGGUAUGAAACCUUUAAUGUACAGUGAAAAAAUGGCCAGGCUAACUGGUAUCGGUUGGAGACGUGUUGGCAGUGAUAUUAGUUAUUAUCAGACGAAAUUUACUGAACUUACAGAAAAUGGUUUAUCAUCAAUGCGAAAAUUUUUAUCAAAUUCUAAACGCUCUGCAUAUUCAUUAACUUGGAAAUUUAAUUUUCCUUAUCCAAAUGAUAUUGUCUACUUUGCUGCAUGUUAUCCUUACACGUAUACACAAUUACAAGAGUAUUUAAAUGAAUUAGCAAUGAAUUCAAAGAUAAGAAGAAUAUGUCAACAGACAACAUUGUGUUAUACACUUGCUAAUAAUCCUGUUCCUCUAUUAACUAUUACAGAACCAUGUAAUAAUAAUGAACAAUACACCGGUAAUAAAUCAGAAUCGACAGUUCAAUCACAAUCCACAAACGAUCAGUCAGUGAAUAAGAAACGUUGUGUUGUUAUUACAGCACGUGUACAUCCUGGUGAAACACAAGGAAGUUGGAUGAUGAAAGGUUUAAUUGAAUUUCUAAUAAGCGAAGAUCCAGAUGCAAAGAUAUUACGAUCUAAUUUUGUAUUCAAAUUAGUGCCAAUGUUAAAUCCUGAUGGAGUAAUUGUUGGCAAUUAUCGUUGCUCUUUAUCAGGUUGUGAUUUAAAUCGAAAGUAUACAUCGAAUUUGAAGAAAUUCUUUCCAACUAUUUGGCAUACUAAACAUAUGAUUAUUGAUAUCAUGAAACAGUAUGAAGUAGUCGUUUACUGUGAUCUCCAUGGACAUAGUCGACAACAACAAAUGUUUAUUUAUGGAUGUAAAGGUGAAACACCUGAACAACGUUAUUGUUCACGCAUUUUUCCGGCCAUGUUGGGCAAAAAUAUACCUGAAUUAUUUAACUUCGACAAGUGUAAAUUCUCUGUUCAAAAAGAAAAAGAAGGGACUGGACGAAUUGUGAUGUGGAGAGAGGGGAUUAUGAAUAGUUACACCUUGGAGGUAAGUCAUCCCUGA